AUGGGUAUUGAAGUUGUAAGCAUAGUUAUAGGAGACAACUACAUGCAUCUAUUCUACGAGGGGGAUUCUGCAUUCUGCAUAGAUGCAUGUAACCCUCGGGUACUUCUGAAAGCUCUUGGAGUGGAUUUCAAAAAGAAGAUAUAUAGCGAAAGCGAGAUUCUAGGCAUGGAAGAGGAUUUGGAAAAGAGAAGAAAGCUUGUCUACCUCUUUACCACACACAGACAUCAAGACCAUUCGCAUGGGAUUCCGUAUAUAGCAGAAAAUAGCCCUGAGACCAAAAGAAUAUCUGGAUUUGAAGGAAGCAUAUGUAAAUGCGGAGACAGAUUCAAGUUUGGAGAAGUGGAGAUAGAAUGCCUGUAUACACCCUGCCAUACUGUAGAUAGUUUUUGCUACUACAUUGGCGGGGAAUUCCUUGCUACAGGGGAUACAUUGUUCUUCCUAGGCUGUGGAAAGUUCUUUGAAGGAACACCGGAACAAAUGGUUCAAGCCAUCAAGAAGAUAAUGGAAAGAGUAGACCAGAAUGCCAUUUUACUAUAUGGACAUGACUAUAACAAACAGAAUAUUCAGUUCACCGAGGAGUUCUAUUGCAUACCUCCAGAGAUAAAGAGAAAGAGAUUCCUAAGGCUGAGAGACGAAAUGGAAUACAAUCCCUUCUUUAAUCUGGGGAAAAUACUGACCGAAGACUCGGAAUCAGAGAGAAUGAGGGAACUGCGCCGAAGAAAGGACUACUUCAAUCGAAUGUGA